AUGCUCACAGCUGUGACUUCUCCCUUCCCUCUGCCCCAUCCCCUUCUCACAGAGUCCAGGGUCUGCUUUGUCCCUCCGGAGACUCCUCAGGUCGAAUCCAACCCUCCAUGCUGCCUCACGCUGCAGGAGAAGCUCCUGUCCCACUACAGCAGCCGGCUGGCCGUGCCCGAGGUGCAGGUGUCCCUCGCCCUGCAACUGGCCAGAGGAAUCUGCAUCCAACUGCAGAACUUCCUGCGGAGCAAGUGCCCGGAGCUGCCCUUCAGCAGCCUCUUCCUCAGCGGUCCCCUGCUCGAUGGCCUUGGGGCUGUCACAGCUGACCACAUCCACCUCAUGCUGCCAGUGGUCCUCGACACCACGCUCUGGAGCCUCAUCCCAGGAGAGGACACCGUGGUGAGGAACCCCCAGUAUUGGAUGAUCAAGAGGACUGAUCUGGAGUAUUUCCCUCGUGGGUGCAGCCCCUGGGACAGGUUCAUCGUGGGUCGGUACCUCUCCUCCAACGCACUCAUUGAGACCCUCCACAAGAUGCUGGUGGCCUCCAUCAACUGGCCUGCCAUCGGUAGUCUGCUGGGGAGCAUCAUCCACCCGGUUGUGGCCUCCCAGGAGCUGAAGCUGGAUGUCAAACAUGAUCAGGUCAAGCUGAGCAUCACCCUCUUCCCAGUGGUGGAAAUGGAACAUAAGGUUCUUCUGGCUGCUCCUCCUGAAGGACUGGUGGAAAACCUUUGGCUUGAGAGCUUUUACAGGGCAGAGGUGUUGAAGGUGAAGGAGCUGGAUGCUGGUGACCACGGGGCUCGGCAGCGCUGCCUGCGCAUCCUGAACGGCGUCUGCAAGAGCCACCCCACCCUGCACAAACUGAGUGGCAGCCCCCUGACCCACGUCAUCCUUCACCUCAGUGCCACCAGUUUAGACUGGGCAGAAGAAAGCCUUGCUGACAGGUUCCUGGAGGUGCUUGAGGAGCUGGUAGGUUACUUGGAGAAAGGGGUCCUGCCUUCUUAUUUCAACCAUAAAAUCAACCUCUUCUGCGAGCUGUUGGAGGAGGAAAUUGAUGAGAUGGGCUUCAUGCUCUACAGUGCCAUAUCUGA